CUACUUCUCUGGUAACAUGACGACCUUUUUUCCACCAAAAUCGCUUAUCUGUUCCAUACUUCGAUAUCACAGUGGACUAAACUCAUCAAUCCUGAGAUCAAGGAUGAAUAGACAAAAUAUUUGGAAAGGAACCCUAGAUACAAUAGCAACCACGCAAGAUCGAUCGACACGCCUCGGUCUACCCCUCAUCUAUAUCCCCACUACAACCUCCCAAAAGCAAAAUCAUACAAAACACAAUACAUCCCAACCAAACCAAUAUCCCAUAUAAUUUCUCAUCCACAUACAAACACCAUGGUCCAAACAGCCCAAGUCUCCUCCGCCCUCUACCACAGCCCCAAGGGCUUCACGACCCUCGGCGAAGGCCCCUUCUACCGCGCCAGCGACUCCACCCUCCACUGGUUCGACUGCCUCUCCACCCCCAGCGAGCUCUACAUCCUCCCCGUAGACCCAGACACCGGCGCACCCCGCGGUGAAGCCCGCGUCCUGCCGCUCGCCGACAGCGUCACGGUAGCUGGAUUCCGCAAGGACAAGCCAGGAAGCUACAUCGCUGCGUAUUACCAGGGUGUGUGCACGGUCGACGAAGAGACGGGCCGCAUUGACGUCGUCCGGGAGAUUAUUCCCACUGAGCACCGCGACAAGCUGCGCUUUAAUGAUGGGGGUGUGGACGCCUGCGGCCGCUUCUGGCUCGCUGAGAUGGAUCUCCAGGCGCUGAAAGUCGGGGCGAACGGUGUGCCUGAGAGUUAUGGGUCUCCGAAGGGUAGAUUAUGGAGGUACGACCCUGAUGGGAGUUUGCAUUGUAUGGUUGAUGGAGGCAUUACCUGUGGGAACGGCGUGGCCUGGAGUCCGGAUAAUAAGACGAUGUACGUAAAUGAUUCCGCCACUCUACACGUCUACGCCUAUGACUUUGAUCUAGAAACGGGUGGGAUCUCCAACCGGCGCAUCUUAGUUGACGAACGACAAUGGUCUGGGGGCGCACCCGACGGCAUGGUCGCGGACAAGGAAGGAAACCUGUGGAUUGCCGUCUACGCCUCCCGCCGAGUCAUGGUUUUCCGACCCGAUGGGACCCAUCUCCGCGACGUUGAAUUCCCGGCCCGCGACGUGACGUGCACUACAUGGGGCGGCAAAAACCACGAUAUCCUCUACGUGACGAGCGGAACGAACCACAGUGGGACGCAUCCCGCGGGAGAAGAGGGGGGGCCUGUGUAUAUGUUUCGGCCGGGGGAUGCGUGGGGGCAGGCCAAAUAUGAGUUUGGGGGGUAG